AUGGUCGGUGGUAGUGGGGGCGGUGGGGUGAUUAGGGAUUCGAGGGGAAAACUCAUUAUUGCUUUUGCGGAUUCUUUUGGCUCUCUGGAUUCCCUGCAAGCUGAGGCUCGGGCUCUCUUGUUAGGGCUUCAGCUGGGGUACAGCUUAGGGAUUUCGCAGAUGUUUGUUGAAUCUGAUUGCUUGGUCUUAGUCAAUUGUCUAAAGGGGGUUUGGGGGGUUCCUGCGGUGAUUUGGCCAGUUGUUCGUGCUGUUCGUCUGGUUACUUCUGCUGGCCAUCAGUUUGGUCAUUGCUACUGGGAGGGGAACAUGGUGGCGGACUCGCUCGCAACGUUUGGGGUGGAGUGUGGCUCUCGAUCUAUUUUCAUGUCAGCGUCUCAGUUGCCCUUGCGCUCCAGGGGGCUUUUAUCUCUGGACAUGCAGAAUUUUUGUAGUUUUCGUUUUUCUCUUAGGAUGUAG